AAGGUUGUGUUUGAGUGACGUGGGGAAAUGGUUCUUUCUUCCUAAUAACACACAUCACAUGAUCACACACAGAGAUAUAUUUCUUUACGAAUCAAAAUUCAUUGCCAAUCCCCUACUCGAUAGUUAGCCCCCUCAAGGCCGCCAGACAAGUGCAGACGAUUGGCUACGUCAUUUUCAUCUGUCUUGCAGUUUAUACGUGGACUAGUACAGACACUCUAAGAAAAUCAUCUCCAUUUAGUUGGGAAUUAUACCGUCAUGCAACUAGAGAGGAGGGAAGAUUCGUCUCCAGCUGGAGAGAACGGGACUGAAUUUACACUUCGUUGGCAUCACCACGACGUGAAAUUGGCCGACACGAUGACACGAGCCUGGGAGAAGAAAUUGUUUCUCGACGUGACGUUGGCCAGCGGCCACAGAACUUUGGGCGCCCAUCGACUCGUCUUGUGCGCCUGUUCGGCCCUUUUGGAAAACCUGCUGACCUCACCGGCCCAUUCGCCCGUUCAAUCGCACACCAAUCCCAUGCUCUACUUUAACGACAUCGACUUUGAAGACCUGGAAGUGCUCGUCGAUUUCAUGUACCGCGGGAGUAUGACUGUCACUUACCAAACGCUUCCGGGCAUCAUCAACGCCGCCAGAAUUCUUCAAAUUCGUGGACUCAAUCCUGAUAUUGACGAGCCGGUUGAUUCACCACCGGAAUCGAGUGGAUGUAGUGAACCACCUGCACCGGAACCAACUGGCGAACCCAUUCGAAAGCGGAAGAAGAAAGAUGUUGUCGAAGAUGUGAUCAAAUCUCACCAGGAAAUCAAAGAUGAAAUGGGUUCCGAUCACGAAGGAUUUCACACGCCGCACGGCGGAAUAAAUCCCGAACAUGCAAAUUACGACGAACAGAAACAACAGCAACUGGCCGCUUUCCUAUCCGUUUUGGCACAGCAGACGCCAUUAAAUCAAUCGACUAAACAGACAACAUCGACAUCUGUCGGACCCAGUCCAGCUUUACGAUCGAGACUCGUCUGGGAUCCAGCCCACAUUGUCUACCUGGAAAGUUGGUACGGAAAAGAAACUCGUUAUCCCAGUCUUGUCCAGUGCCAAGCUUACGCCAAUCAGCUGUCGAGAGUCCCACAAUCAGAUCAAAGUGGCAAAUCUCGGACUUCAAUGUCGGUGACUGCCCAGAACGUGUCGCACUGGUUCCAGAACCGCCGCCGGAAGGAUACUCAUCCGGAGAUUGAAGAGAAGCGAGUCAAGCGGAGUCAAACUCGCCGGACUAAAAAGAGCAACAGUGGAAAUCCGCUGGAUCUGACUCAGUCGACUGCUCCGCGAAUGAAACAAUCGAUUACUCCGCCGUCACUCAACCGCUCGCCUCAGGAGCCGUCACAUCAUCCGGAUCACGACGACCGAGACUCUGACGACGAGCCGGGACUGUGCAUUGCGGAAAACGCUCACAACUCGUACAACAGCGACACGGAGAACGACCAUCCAUCAUCGAUCCAUCAUCCGCACUAUCAACUUUAAUCGUAAUUACUUUCAACACCCACGCGAUCUCUCUACAACAAAAUACGUUCCUUCACUUAAAAAAAGAAAACUAAACUUUAAAAAUAUUACAGAUAAUUUUCA